CUCAUUCAGCAGCGCUUCUCAUCUCUCCAACUCGCACUUCCUUCUCUCUGAUGGUCACUGUUCCUGCUCUCGAUGAUAAACUUGAUCUUAGAUGUCUUCUGUGCAACAGUAAUUAGCAACUUUUAGCAACAUGUUGAAAGUGGUUGUUGAAUCCGCCAAAGGAAUCCCUAAAAAGACACUCGGAAUUCCAGACCCUAUAGCAGGAGUCAUAUUCAAGGGUGAAAAAAAGAAAACAAAAGCCAUCGACAAAGAAUUAAAUCCUGUUUGGAAUGAGAUCAUUGAGUUUGAUUUGAAAGGUAUCCCGCUGGAUUCCUCUUCAUUCGUUGAUGUGGUUGUGAAAGACUAUGAAACCAUUGGAAAAGAUAAAUUUAUUGGUUCUGCAAAGAUCUCUCUUAAAGAACUGGCUGCUGGUCAGACCAGAUCUCUUCCUUCCAAGAACAUUCCUCUAAUUAAUGAGAAGAAACAGGAAAUAGGGGCGACUAUCAGUUUAACGAUUGGUUAUGAGCCUCCUGCAAGUAGCGUCCCGAACCCAAAUGAUCAAAACAUGGGAGAUGGCCAAACAGGAGACACUGCAGUUGGUGAGGAGGAGAAAGGUGUUGAUAGUGAUGAAGAUGCAGGUGAUGUGGCUGAGCCAGGGGCUCCUGGAGUUUCUCCAUCUGGACUGCCAAAAAAGAUCCGUACAACUCGAAAGCGACAAAAAACAUUGGCCAACAAACCGCAGGAUUUCCAGAUCCGUAUUCGAGUAAUUGAAGGUCGACAGUUACCCGGCAAUAACACAAAGCCAGUCGUCAAAGUAAGUGUGUGCGGACAGACACACAGAACGAGAAUCCGAAGAGGAAACAAUCCAUUCUUUGAUGAGAUUUUCUUCUACAAUGUCAAUAUGUUGCCAUCUGAACUUUUUGAUGAGAGCAUCAUGAUCCGGGUUUAUAAUGCAUACUCCCUCAGAGCAGACAGUCUUAUGGGAGAGUUUAAGCUGGACGUCGGCUAUGUCUAUGAUGAGCCUGGGCAUGCAAUCAUGAGGAAAUGGUUACUGCUGAGUGACCCUGAUGACUCAAUCUCUGGAGCCAGAGGUUACCUGAAAGUUAGUAUGUUCAUAGUAGGCACCGGAGACGAGCUACCGGUGGAAAAGCGAGAGGCCAAUGAGGAACAGGAUGACAUUGAAAGUAACUUGCUGCUGCCAGCUGGAGUUGCUUUACGAUGGGCUACGCUGAGUCUAAAGAUCUACCGUGCUGAAGACAUGCCGCAAAUGGAUGAUGCAUUUGCCCAGACAGUAAAAAACAUAUUUGGCGGAACAGAUGAAAAGAAAAAUUUGGUGGAUCCUUUUUUAGAAGUCAGUUUUGCUGGCAAAAAGGUCUGUACUAAGAUCGUAGAGAAGAAUGCUAAUCCAGAGUGGAAUCAGCUGAUUCACCUGCAGGUUAAGUUCCCAUCAAUGUGUGAACGCAUCAAACUUACUGUAUUGGACUGGGAUCGGUUGUCAAGGAAUGAUGUUAUUGGGACCACCUACCUUAAUCUGACGAAAAUAGCAUCAUCUGGGGGUGAAAUUGAGGAAUCACCUUCAGAAAAUGGGCUGCCUCCUUCCUUUAAUGUGGACACCACAGAAUCUGAGGUUGGGUUUCUUCCAGCUUUUGGGCCUUGUUAUGUUAACCUUUAUGGAAGUCCAAGAGAAUUUACUGGCCUACCUGACCCAUACGAGGAUCUGAAUUAUGGCAAGGGGGAAGGGGUGGCUUAUCGGGGGAGGGUUCUGAUCGAGCUCUCAACUCAACUGGAUGACAAAGCUGACAAGAAAGUGGAAGACAUUUCAAACGAUGACAUUUUGGUGGCACAGAAGUACCAGCGGAGGAGGAAGUAUUCCUUAUGUGCCGUGUUCCACAGUGCCUGCAUGCUUCAGGAGCCUGGAGAACCCAUUCAGUUUGAGGUCAGCAUCGGAAACUAUGGAAAUAAACUGGACUCCACAUGCAAACCUCUGGCCUCCACCACUCAGUUUAGCUGUGCUGUUUUUGAUGGAAAUCACUAUUAUUACUUGCCCUGGGCUGAUUCUAAACCUGUUGUUAUUCUCACAUCUUUCUGGGAGGAAAUAAGUCACCGCUUGGAUGCGGUGAACAUCAUUCUCUACAUUUCUGACAGACUGCAAUUCAACAUUGUCUCUCUGAAAACGGCGCUUCUGGCUAAAGUGUCUGACUCUCGCCUAGCUGAGAUUUGGCUGAAACUUAUCACCCAACUCAUCGAUGACCUUUCCAGUUACCAGCUGCCAGAUUUGGAGGGCAAGCCGAAUCUGACAGCACUUGAUAUUCAGAUCAAGAAUCUGCGUGACAAAACCAUGGCCAGUGUCAAAGAGGCGGCUAUUCGCAUGAGGGAGGAGGCUGUUGAUGUUAGAGCCACAAUGUCUGAUAUAGAGGACUGGCUGGAGCGACUACAGCAGAUCACAGAGGAGCCUCAGAACAGUAUGCCUGAUGUAAUCAUAUGGAUGCUGAGAGGGGAGAAACGUGUGGCCUUUGCCCGAAUCCCAGCCAAUCAGGUUCUCUACUCCACCCACAGCGAGCAGGCCAUCGGCAAGUACUGCGGCAAGACGCAAAGCAUCUUUAUGCAGUACCCAAUGGACAAAAACAAAGGUCUGAAGAUCCCUGUGCAGCUGCGUGUGAACAUGUGGUUGGGCCUGUCUGCACAUGAGAAGAAGUUCAACAGCUUUGCAGAGGGAACAUUCAGUGUCUAUGCAGAGAUGUAUGAGAAUCAGGCUCAGGUUUUUGGGAAGUGGGGAACCACAGGUCUAGUUGGCCGGCAUAAGUUUUCAGAUGUGACAGGAAAAGUAAAACUGAAGCAGGAACGUUUCAUGCCUCCCCGGAGCUGGGAGUGGGAAGGAGACUGGAGGAUUGACCCUGAGCGCGGUUUGCUUACAGAGGCUGACGCAGGCCAUUCUGAAUUCACAGACGAGGUCUACCAAAAUGAAACUCGCUUUCCUGGUGGUGAAUGGAAACCUGCUGCUGAACCUUUUACUGAUGUGAAUGGAGAGAAGGCCCAGGCCCCUCAAGAGAUUGAGUGUCCUCCAGGAUGGAUUUGGGAAGAUGACUGGAAUUUUGACAUCAACAGGGCAGUGGAUGAGAAAGGAUGGGAAUAUGGUGUCACCAUUCCUCCUGAUGAUAAGCCCAGAUCCUGGGUUGCUGCUGAGAAAAUGUACCACAUUCAUCGCAGAAAAAGACUGGUCCGACCCCGCAGGAAGAUAUCAGACACACCCACUACAGAGAAAAAAGACAUCGGUGAUGGUUGGGAAUACUCGUCUCUGAUUGGCUGGAAGUUUCACAGAAAGGAGCGUUCUUCGGACACAUCCCGCCGCAGGCGCUGGAGGAGGAAAAUGGCACCAGCUGAACGUGUGGGCGCAUCGGCUAUCUUUAACCUGGAAGGGGCUUUGGGAAUAGAUGAGGACGAGAAAGGCAGCAAAAAAGACACGGCUAAACUCUUUGGUGCCAACACACCCACUGUGUUUUGCAGAUUUGACAAGUCGUUCAUCUACCAUCUCAGAGUCUAUGUAUAUCAAGCCAAGAAUCUUUUGCCUAUGGACAAAGACAGCUUUUCUGAUCCCUAUGUACAUGUGUCAUUCUUGCAUGUCAGCAAAACAACAGAGAUUGUUAAGUCCAGUCUCAACCCCACAUGGGACCAAACUCUUAUUUUUGAUGACAUUGAGAUCUACGGAGACCCUCAGGCCAUCUCUCAUAGCUCACCCAGUGUGGUUCUGGAGGUUUAUGAUAAUGACCAAGUGGGGAAGGAUGAGCCGAUGGGCCGAUGCACGUGUCCUGCAAUAGUGAAGCUGAUUCCUGCCACCACAUUAACAACUAAACUCUUGUGGUUCCCCAUCACCUUGAAGGGACGAAAUGCAGGAGAAAUGCUGGUGGCAGCUGAGCUCUUGCUUAAAGAUAAGGCAAAUGACGUUAACCUUCCCCUGGUCCCACCUCGCAGAAGUGAGAAUCUGUACAUGGUUCCUCAGGGGAUCCGGCCUGUGGUGCAGCUCACUGCAGUCGAGAUCCUGGCCUGGGGUUUAAGAAACAUGAAGGCAUAUCAGCUGGCUGCAGUGUCUUCCCCCAGCCUUAUAGUUGAAUGUGGAGGGCAGACUAUUCAGACUGCCAUCAUCAAAAACAUCAAGAAAAAUCCCAACUUCCCUGGAUCUGUCCUGUUCCUCAAAGUGCUUCUGCCUAAAGAUGAGAUAUACACUCCACCUAUUGUCCUCAAAGUUAUUGACCACAGGCCCUUUGGUCGGAAACCAGUUGUUGGACAGUGUACUAUAAACUCCCUGGAAGAGUUCAGAUGCGAUCCUUUCAUAAGCACCACUGAAAUGGCUAUGUCUGCCAAGGUGGCCAUGAUGGCGUCAGCUCCCAGAGAUGUUGUCAUUGAUAUGGGGGGCAGAAUGCCCAGCCCUUCUAAACAGGAAGAGGAUACGGUGGACUGGUGGAGCAAAUUCUAUGCCUCCAUUAACGAGCAUGAAAAAUGUGGCCCUUAUCUCCAGAAAGGAUAUGACACUUUAACAGUCUUCAACUCCGAGCUUGAGGCGGUCCCAGAAUUCAGAGGGCUAACAGACUUCUGCACUACAUUUAAGUUACAGAGGGGCAAAACCGAGGAUGAGGAGGACGACCCCUCUGUAGUUGGAGAGUUCAAGGGGUCGUUUCGAGUGUAUCCCUUAUCAGAUGACCCAAAUGUCUUAGACCCACCUCGGCAGUUUAGGGAACUGCCUGAGAGCUGUCCCCAAGAGUGCCUGGUCAGAAUCUACAUCAUACGCUGCCUGGACCUGCAGCCCAAAGACAACAAUGGCAUGUGCGAUCCCUACAUAAAGAUUUCUCUGGGGAAGAAAACUAUCGAUGACAGAGAUCACUACAAACCAAAUACUCUAAAUCCAGAAUUUGGAAGAGUGUUUGAACUGAGUGGCUACAUUCCACAAGACAAGGACUUGAAGAUCUCCGUCUAUGAUUAUGACCUGCUUAGCGCGGAUGAGAAGGUUGGGGAAACGGUCAUAGACCUUGAGAACCGACUUCUUUCUCGGUUCGGCUCACAUUGUGGAAUCCCAAAAUCUUACUGUGUAUCUGGGGUGAACCAGUGGAGGGACCAGCUCAAACCAUCUCAGAUCCUUCACAAUCUGGCCAGGAUGAGAGGAGUUCCUGCUCCUCAGAUCGCAGAUGAUGGAAGUUUCCUGUCGUUUGGAGGAAAAGAGUACAAGCUAGACGAACUGGAGGCCAAUAAAACUAUCCAUCCACAUCUGGGCCCACCUAAAGAGCGAAUCUGCUUACAUGUGUUGAGGAGGCAAGGCCUUGUCCCAGAGCACGUGGAGACCAGGACCCUGUACAGUACCUACCAGCCCACUCUCUCUCAGGGCAAAAUCCAGAUGUGGGUUGAAAUAUUCCCUAAAAACCUCGGUAUUCCAGGACCCCUUUGUGAAAUCACUCCUCGCAAACCCAAGAAGUAUUUCCUGCGAGUCAUUGUUUGGAACACAACUGAAGUCAUUCUGGAUGAAACCAGCAUCACAGGAGAAAACAUGAGUGACAUCUAUGUGAAAGGGUGGAUGCCUGGUAUGGAGGAGGACAAGCAAAAAACUGAUGUCCAUUACAGGUCUCUUGAUGGAGAUGGAAAUUUCAACUGGAGAUUUGUCUUUGGCUUUGAUUAUUUGCCAGCUGAACAGUUGUGUAUGGUGUCUAGAAAGGAACACUUUUGGAGUCUAGACAAAACUGAGUUCAGGAUCCCUCCUAAACUGAUCGUUCAGAUCUGGGACAAUGACAAAUUCUCCCUGGAUGACUACUUAGGCACGGUUGAGUUGGAUAUGCUUCACCUCAUCCCUCCAGCUAAGACCCCUGAAAAGUGCUCUUUAAGCAUGCUGAACCAAACAGGCAAAAACCUCACACCAUCAUCACUCUUCUCCCAGAAAUCAGUGAGAGGCUGGUGGCCUUGUGCCAUGGAGGAAGAUGGCAAAAAAAUCCUGGCUGGUAAAGUAGAGAUGACAUUGGAAGUGGUGGAAGAUAAGGAGGCAGAAGAGAGGCCAGCUGGGAAAGGAAGAGAUGAACCCAACAUGAACCCUAAACUAGAUCCUCCAAACCGUCCAGAUACUUCCUUCCUUUGGUUCACAAAUCCAUGCAAGACAAUGAAAUUCAUAGUAUGGCGCAGAUACAAAUGGCUCUUCAUUGGACUCAUUAUUCUCAUACUUGUGGUCCUGUUUAUUGGAAUCCUCUUGUAUUCCUUCCCUAACUACAUUUCCAUGAAAAUCGUGAAGCCGUAUUAAAUGGAAUUAUCAAGAUAUUGGCGCAGUGACCUGCAGUGAGACACAACCAGCGGAAAUGUCAUUUUUAUGUAUUUUCUCCUAAAAAAGAAUAUUUGAAUGUAUAACCUAAACCAAGUGCUAUUUUUUUUUCUCUGUAGGCAACACUGGGUUGACAGAUUACAUUGCUGAGAGAGAUUGCACUAUAUUUGUUUGAUUUCCAAUUCCUGACAAUGUUUAUUUUCUUUGUUAAUAAUAUACUGUACAAGAUUAGAUUUAUGCUUAUGUUGCAAUGUUUUUCUGUUGUAGAAUUAUGUGAUUUAUACAGCCCAUCUAUUGUAGAAGUUACUAUUUACAACAAGAUUUUAAGAAUGCAAUGUUACGUAACUAAAAACUACGAACUUCUUUGUUGUUCAUUAUGCAUUAAACAACUAUUUCUUGUA